AUGACAAGUUUAAGUAUGCCAGAAAGUGAUAGUGCCAUUGAAGCAUUUACAUCAAUUUUUGCGAGUAAACACAAAUUGGACAAUGUGAACAGCGUGAUCAAGAAUAAAUAUUUACAACAAAUGGCAGGUCGAAUCACUCGAGGUUCGAAAAAAACGGAUUUUGAAUAUCUACAAAAAGAUGGACCAGCCGUAAAGAAAUUUGCAUGGGUCAUGGGUGACGAUGGUUUAUCACUUUUUCUCGUACAAUCCAACCUAGAAGCGCUACGUUCCAUUGGAUGUGAGGACAAAUGGAUCCGAAGAAAACUGGAAAAUGGCGAAUACUUUCAACUGGGUAUAUUUUAUAGGUCACCUGAAUGUCUUCUAGCUACAUGGGACGGAGUACUAUCAUUAAUCGACAUCUACUAUCCGAAGUCUAUUUCCGCGAAGAUUCGUCGACAUGAAAAAGCAUUAAAACAAAUGAGUUUCGAUGAGAUUGAGGCCCGUGCACGAUUGUCAUACCUUCAUGGAGCAACUUACUUUGACAUCAAUGAAUUGGCUGUUAAUGGCAACUCAGCCGAUCCUCGAUUCAUGUCCGAAGAAAGAUUUUUAAAAUGUGAAGGAACACUUGAAGAGUCACGUGGCUUUCUCUACAAUCGAUUAGGUCUUGCAAAAUUAUUUGAUGGUAGCGGCUUCACUAAGAAUUCAAGUGGACAAUUAGGUGUACGAGAAUAUUUGCAACCCAAUAUACCAGUCAGAGACAUACCAGGAUUUCGAUAUUUGAAUUUACCCAUUGAUACAACCGAUCUUAUGCCUGACUCUUGA